AUGGUUGAUCUACCUUACGCCCUCGACGCGGAAACGCCCCUCAAGGCAUCCGAGCUCCAGGUCCUCCGCGCCCAAUAUGAAAAAGAAGGCGACAUGGUCGGCGUCCAAACCAAGUUCAACUACGCAUGGGGCCUCGUAAAAUCAGACUCCCGCAACGACCAACAACUAGGCGUCCGCCUCCUCUCCGAAAUCUUCCGCGUCUCCCCCGAGCGCCGCCGCGAGUGCCUCUUCUACCUCGCCCUCGGCAACUACAAGCUCGGAAACUACGGCGAGGCCCGCCGCUACAACGAUCUCCUCCUCGAGAAGGAGCCCGCCAACCUCCAGGCCUCCAACCUGCGCCAGCUCGUCGACGACAAGGUCGCCAAGGAAGGGCUCAUGGGUGUCGCGAUCAUCAGUGGUGUUGCGGUCGCGGCGGGUGUGGUGGGUGCGUUUUUGGUGAGGAAUGUUAAGAGGAGAUAG